ACCAGUGGGACAAAUAUAGCCCCGGAGAUCGUCAAAAAGGCGGAUAUAAUAUCCGUUUGGGCGAGCUUGCUAUUUACAAAUUUAAUCAGUUUGGUCUAUUCGUAAUGCAACCAACUGUUUCAACACUAUCAACACAAGCCGAAAUCGCUAAAAUCAUGCAGCCUCAUUCAUCACAAAAUAUGAUAUUGCCGGCAAAUAAAAACAAAAAAAAGUAUGCUUCUCAAGUGCAAGUACAAGUACCGGGUGUCACAAAACAGUCGCAGCCACUACCACAACUUCACAGUACAUCUCAGCCAUUCCAGAUAAACAAGGCAUAUAAUGUUGUGUCCAUAUUAAAGACAUCAACGGCUUCAAACGUUCAACAGUCAGCACAUAUUCCACAGACGCAAGCGCAAGUACAGGUUCAGGCACAUCAAGCCCAACCACAGUCACAUCACCAACAAUCACAGUCCCAGCAUCUGCAGCAAAGCUACGCAAAUGUUGUGAACAGGCCAAUAACGGGCUCAGGAUCUCAGGUCCCUGUACAGGUGCAGGUGCCGCAGUCAACUGUUAUAUGCAGUAGCGGGAAUAUAAUGACUGUUAAUAGUUGCCAACUCAACGGCAGUGAGCUUAGCUCAGCAGCGGGACUAUACAAUCUUACUGGACAUCGAGCUCAGAUGGCUGUUGAUCCAAAUGCCCGAUAUAUAGGAAAUGCAUCGACGGCUUCUGAUAUUUCGAAUGCAAGCGUGGUUGGAAGUGGUAAUAUAUUACCCUCGCCUAACGUCCAUAGCACACACACACAACUGAGCGGCGGACCUAUAAGUGGUGGAGGAGGAGGCAUAAGCAGUUGCAACUCCGGAGGUGGUAGCGGAAACGCAAGUGGAGCUGGUUGCCACAACGGGAGUAACAACAUCGUAACUUUGGGUAACACGCAUGGCAUUUCAAUAAGCCCCUCCGCUGGAUCUUAUGUUCAUGAAAAGAGUCUGUUGGGCAUGAGCGUUGGGGUUAACGUCGGCGUCAAUUGCAUUGAUGGUAGAAAAUACGACUAUAAAAACAACAAUUUGCUGUCAAGCAGCAACUAUCAAGCAGUUACCGCCAAAGAGUAUGUGACUUCUGGUAAUAACAGUUCAGGAAAUAAUCGAGCGAACCCACAGAGUACAGGGUUAUUUCGGGGUCCUCCACCAACGUCGAACGCUCCCCGUAGCAGCUCUGGGGCUGCAGCUGCCCGGCAUGUACCAAUGCCAGCAAUGUUCCCGGGGAUGGUAGUACCACAGUAUCCUGCCUUUAAUCCGAGACACCCAACAUUUUCGCCACAUAUUCAAUAUACUCACGCUCAUAUACCCUAUUAUCCUUAUCAAUAUAUGCCUACACUAACCCAGCAACCGCCACAUUCACGCAGUGGCGUAGCAGUUAACGCAAGUGUCAAUAUUGGCAACACCAUGCCGGUGCAGUCAGGUCCCAACGGUCCGCUGGCUGCUCCCGGUGCAACAACAGCUCAAAUGCAACUUCUAACAGGCGCUGUGCAACCGGGUGCAAGUACUGUACUUGGCGUGGGGGCAACUGGAAACAAUCAAGUAGGUGUUCCGCCCAUGGUCAGUGUCUUACCACAGAGCGUUACUCCACAGCCGGUUCAGGUUCCGCCGGCGGGUAGACGACGACAUCAGCACCGAUUGCAGAUAAUAGAUCCGGCAACGAAAAAAAAUAUACUUGAUGAUUUCGAUAAGAGUAAUUCGAAUGUUGAAAAUGAGUACCAGGAAAUCACAGCUGUGACAUCUACUGCAGGAACAGUUAUUUCACAAGCAGAGGUGCCUAUAUGCAUUUCACAUCCAGAUGCAGAUGGUCCUGGUAUACUUCAUACCAGUUCUGAUUCGAGGGCUAGUGCACAUUUUAAAAUAGAUCCAAUUUCCGUUCAGCGCUCGGAUGUAUCUUUAGUACAAACCCCGGUGGUUUCGGCAAUGUCUGAUGCGCCUUCUGUAGAGAUAUUACCCACACCAACACUUCCAAAAGUCCAGAAAAGCAAAAAAAUUCUUAUAGUCUCCCCCAAAGAUGAGGUUGUAUCACCAACUGUUGACACAGUUCGCAAUUUGGAUAAUGUUGAGUCAAACUCCUCUACCAAUAUUAAGACGUCAAACGAGUGUAUUCCAGAAAUUCAGGACUGUACUCCUACUCACCCGCAGCCAGAGGAUAAGCUACCACAGCAACAUCCGCAAUCACAUUCCCAGUUUAUGGCUCAUGCGUUCAACUCACUAGAUACCGAUAAAAGCUGUGCUAGAAACGAUAACGCCAUAAGUGAAGUACCACUCGUUGAAGUACAGGCAGAGGGACAGACUCUAAGGCAAGCUUCAGUAUCGAAGUCCGAAGCGACCGUGACUACAAGCGACUCCAAUGCUGCUGGUCUGGUCGAUUCAAUAGCCCCAUUAGUCAAUACCGUGCAGAUGCACAUUACGGAACCGCCUACCACAGCGUUUGCUCCCACUUCAAGUGAAAAGGUAAAGAAGGCAGCAACAUUAGACGCAUCAGCUCGAGAGAGCUCUCACGAAAGUACUCCGGAUGAAACUGAUCGUGUACCAGAAUCAUCGGUGCUAAUGCAAACUCCAGUUCAACUUCAACUGGAAAUAGAAAAUGCCUUGACCUCCUUAUCAUUGGAAAAGCACGGCGAAGAAGUAGCAAGAGGAAAAGGAAGUGCUGAGAGUAUCGAUAUUGAUGUUUUGCGGGAGAACGCUUCAGCGGGUACAAAGGAAACUGGAUUUGCAUUAGAAGCGGAACCAAAGUCUAAAUCAAAGACAAAGUCGGAAGUUCAAGAUCAACCCCAAGAUCAAUCCGUAGUCAUAAGCCCGGAUGCAGAAAUGGUCACAGCAUCAGACAAUACCGCGAGCCAAGUCUCAGGCAAUAGCACAGUUACUAGCAUCGAGCAGCAGCUAACUGUACUAAUUUGCUACAAUGAGGGGCAAUGGUCCCCAAAAAAUCCGAGCGGCAAAAAGCAGUACGAUCGGGAGCAACUGAUGCAGUUGAGAGAAGCGAAAGCAUCUCGGGUGCAGCCGGAUGUGAAAAAUGUGUCGAUACUGCCGCAUCCAAACCUCAUGCCCCUGUUUAUGCGCAAUAACAGCAGUAACAAGCGUGUGCAAUCAAUGGUAGGCAUGAUAGGAGGAAACACAGGUGCUGGUAACCGAAGCAAUGAUUUGGGCAGCGGCGGCUUUAUGGGAAAGCAAACCUCAAUGUCAGGUGUGCAAGGCGGCAGAAGCAGCAUGAAGGGCAUGAUACAUGUGAACUUGUCGCUUAACCAGGAUGUGAAGCUCAAUGAGACAGAGAAUGCCUGGCGACCUAGAACUCAAGCAAAACUAGAAACCGAAGGGAAUCCCGACAACAAAACCAUCCAUGAGAAAGACGAGCUUGUUAAGAGAGUGCGUGGCAUACUUAACAAGCUGACACCCGAGCGCUUUGACACUCUUGUCGAAGAGAUAAUCAAGCUAAAAAUCGAUACGACUGAUAAAAUGAACGAGGUGAUUGUUCUUGUCUUUGAGAAAGCCAUCGAUGAGCCAAAUUUUUCCGUGUCAUAUGCCCGACUGUGCCAUCGCCUCAUUACUGAGGUGAAGGCGCGUGAUGAGCGCAUGGAGAGCGGUACCAAAUCAAAUUUGGCCCACUUCCGCAAUGCGUUACUCGACAAAACAGAGCGAGAGUUCACGCAAAAUGUAUCGCAGAGCACAGCCAAAGAGAAAAAGCUGCAGCCCCUUGUGGACAAGAUUAAGAAAUGUACGGAUCCCAACGAAAAAGCUGAUCUUGAGUCACUUCUUGAGGAAGAGGAGCGAAAGAUCAGACGACGCUCUGGUGGCACAGUACGCUUUAUCGGCGAACUUUUUAAGAUAUCUAUGCUCACCGGCAAAAUCAUUUAUUCCUGUAUUGACACCCUGCUCAAUCCGCAUUCUGAGGAUAUGCUUGAGUGCCUGUGCAAGCUACUCACCACUGUGGGUGCGAAGUUUGAGCAGACCCCAGUGAACGCAAAAGAUCCUGGACGUUGCUACUCGCUUGAAAAAUCGAUAACAAGAAUGCAGGCAAUCGCUUCUAAGACCGACAAGGAUGGUGUCAAAGUCAGUUCACGGGUUCGUUUCAUGCUCCAAGAUGUCAUCGAUUUGCGAAAGAACAAAUGGCAAUCUACUCGCAACGAAGCCCCAAAAACUAUGGGACAGAUCGAGAAAGAAGCAAAAAACGAGCAGUUAUCGGCGCAGUACUUGACCUACAGUGGCUCACUCUCAACAUCAAAUUCUAACGGGCCGCAAUCUGGUGGGAGUGGUAAGCGCGACGAUCGCUCCCGAUACGGCGAUUCCCGCUCUACCGGCUAUGGCAGCCAUAGUCAACGUGGUGUUGGGGGAGAAAGCGGCGGUACAGGCGGUGGCGGUGGAAGUUCUAGUUCCAGUAUCCGCCAUCAGCAGCAAAAUUCCAGUGGCAAUGGAUCAGUUGGUGGGGUGGGCGGCUCGAGCUCACAUUCAAAUGGCAACAACGAUGACAAUACGUGGCAUGUGCAGACAAGCAAAGGGAGCCGUUCCCAGGCUGUAGACAGUAAUAAGCUUGAGGGAUUGACAUUACAGCUCAACCAGAAUUUGGACACAAAAAAAAUGGGAGGAGUUUCGCAAUUUAUUUGGAGCCAUAACGCCAAUCGACAAUCUUCAACGCCAACGACAACGCCUUCCAAUUCAUUUGCUGCUCUUUCUUUGUUAAUUGAUAAAAGCAGUAGUACAGACAAAGAUAGAGAUCGUGAUCGCAGUGGACCACGAAACAAAGGAUCAUAUAAUAAGAACUCCAUGGAACGUGAGCGUUAUAAUGACAGAGGAAUCCAUUCGAGAACUGGGUCGUCACAGGGUUCACGAGAAAACUCAUCGUCGCGUGUAAGCCAGCACCAACAGGGUCGUGGCCCAAUGAAUUCUUCCCUUCAAAAGUCAGCUAGUCACUCCAAGUAUACUCAACAGGCGCCGCCAGCUAGACUGUCUAAUAAGACAAUGGGAUCGUUAAGCAGCACCAGCAGUAAUAGCGUUGGUGGCCUUUUCAGAGCGAGCGAUCAGUCAUCAGCAGGAGCAUCUGCAUCACAAUCAAGUGCCUCUUCGUCGAAUAGUGGAAUGCGGAAAACUGCAGCUCCAGCUGCAUUCUUUAUUGCACCUAGAGAUAGCGACCAGAAGCUUUUCAAUUCAGUCAUAUCGGAAAUAAUCGAGCUGGCUGUAGCCAAAAAGAUGGUUGACCAGAGCAUGUCGAUAACGUGUAUAAAACGAAUACCAGAGCAGCAGCGUUGUGGAUUCUUGUUCUAUAUGCUAACCGAUUAUUUGCAUUUAUCGCAUGUUGAUAAGCAAUACAGACGAUACUUGGCAAUAACAAUUGCACAGCUCAUUCAGCAGAACUACAUGUCGGUAGACCACUUUAAACUUGCGUACAAAGAGUUUAGUGAAUACGCAAGCGAUUUGAUCGUUGAUAUUCCAGAGCUCUGGCUCUACAUUAUGCAAUUUGCCGGCCCAUUGAUAGUUAAAGAAAUAUUGACAAUAUCGGAUCUAUGGAACCAAAAUCUAAGUUGUAGCAACAUGGGUAAGAAGUUCCUUAAAACAUAUUUGACAUAUUGCGCACGGGAAAUUGGGCCAAAUUUUACACGCUCUAUGUGGAAAAGAUUUAACAUGCGGUGGUCAGAUUUCAUGUCAGAUAAUGAAGUAAACGAUUUUAUUGAAUCGAAUAGAUUAGAGUACGUGGAAAACGAAAUGAAAAUGCCAGUGUUUGAUGAACGACAGUCAGCCGAAAGACUGGUUCAAAAUGUGAUAGAUCAUAUUGAGCACCUGCUGAAGGAAGGCGCAACUGCGGAUUGCAUCAUUGACUACAGUAAUGGCAACAUUGUAGUAGCCGAUAAGCUAUUCAUUAAGGGUCUAACGGAGACUCUUUGCAAUUUUGCUAUUGUCUACAAGGAGAAUAGUUACAAACUUGAGCUCGAGACCUUUCAAAAGCUUUGCAUCCCAAUAUUUCAGCGGUAUAUUGACUCCAAUGAAGAUCUUCAAUUGGAGUGCUUAUAUGGCUUGCAGUUAUUAGUGCAUAGUCUUGAGCAUCCGCGAGGCCUGUUGAGUGAACUGUUUGGAGAGCUAUACGACGGCUAUGUAAUUCAAAAAGAGUCUCUCUGCAAAUGGAGAGACUCCAAGGAUCAGUCUGCUGGAAAAGGUGUAGCUGUGAAGAGUCUCAACCCUUUUUUCAAUUCUAUUUUCAACGAUGAAGCUAAUUAACUUAACAUUAUUGUGAACCACAUUGAGACAGCAAAUAGAUAGGCGGCAGCAACACAAUAUGCAAAAUGGAGUGUACUACAUUGAAGCCACAUAUUAUAUACGUACACAAAAAUAUUGUUAUAUGUAAGUGAGCAAAAAUAUAAGAGCCCAACUACAGAGAAAAUUACAACAACAAUUGGGGAAAACAUAUAGCAGGAAAUUUGAAUAAUUCGCUGACAUCAUACGAUAAGAAUAUGUGGCGGUUUUCCAACUUAAGAUAAUGUGUGUAAUGAGCAGGUAAAAAAUUAAUGUGCACAUGUAUAAAAUUAGUUACUGACAAUGAUGUUAUUAAUAAAAACACAUUUGAUGAUUGGCUAAUCUGAAAUUCAACUCACUCACAUAUACACACAUGGCUCCUGCUUUCCUUACAGUUUAUAUUUCAUAACUUUCUCCAGCUCUUAAUUUAGUACGCAGAUGAACGUCAAAGAAAUUUAAACACGAUUGUUAAGAAUUUAAAUAAACGCCGACACUGAGAAGUCUAUAUAGAUCAUUAUUGGAGAUAAAUAUAAAAUUCAAAACAUAAAAUUAAAUAAUAUGAUAUUUUUUAGACUUAAUUGCCUAAUCGUUUAUAUUUGUAUCUCUAAGAGAUUGUCAAACUAUUUGUAAUAAAAUGUGGAAUGAUAAAAGCUA